AUGGGAACACAAGUGCCCGUUUUCCCAUUUUGUCCAGUAGUGGCCGUUUUGUCACUUUGUCCACUAGUGGCCGUUCUCCCAUUUUGUCCUCUUCUGGCCGUUUUGCCAUUUUGUCCACCACUUUGUCCACUAGUGGUCGCUUUGCCAUUUUGUCCA